AUGUUGCCCCAGACUUCAGAGAAGAAAAGACAAGUUCAUUUAGCCAAGAGGAAGCGGAGACAUCGUGAAAGGUGUGAACUUCCUAUAAGACUCACCAGCUGCAUUUUCAAGCGACCAGUCACGAAAAUAACUUCCCAUCCUGGCAAUCGGGUCAGGCGCCGUCGAUGGGAGGAGACCUUGCAGAAGCCCCAGCAAGUCUGUGCUUACAGGAGACUGCAGGGUCUCCAGGCCUGCAGCACUGAAGGAGAACUUUUAAGUACUUUCGAUAUUACAAAUACUUUAAAAAUAAUUGCCCCUCAUAGCCCAGGUGAAUCCCCGGGCCAUGUUGGUGCUGGGUCUCUCCACACCAGCCCCGAGCCCACCGCUGCACAGUCUUCAGACUGGGCGGAGAUGAUCCCAGGAGCAGGUCUCCGUCUCCCACAGUCAGUUUGCAGACAGUCGGUGUCUUAUGGAGAUAUCCGCAGACAGCAUCAGAAAGUGAAAAAAGCCAGGGAGAGACUUGCUGAGGCCCUGAGGGCAGACAGGCUUGCCAGGGAGGCAGAGAGGGAGGAGCCAGGAAGGAUGUUCUGA